GGUGGCGGGGGAGGCCUUAGGGCGUCAGCAGUCUACCGAUCCCAGUCCGGAAGGCUCGGCACAGUCAGCGGACGUGCCCACUUAAUCCGCCGGCUCGGUGAUGCCGGCGGGAGGGGCUGCGUGCGGCGGGCGGGAAGGGCAUUCGUCGGAAUUCGACACGGGUUCGGGCGAGGUGGCUGGAUUGCAUGCAAGGGAAGAAGGCAGGGUGAUGGACAAAGAGAAGGAAGGGGAGGAAGGAGACAAAGGGGAGGAAUGGGAGGAAGAAGGGGAUGAUGGGGAGGAAGAAGAGGAUGAAGGGGAGGAAGGAGAGGAAGGGGAAGAAACGGAGUUGGCUGGGUUGCUCGGAGGGAAGGAGGGGGAAAAACGGGAACUCGAUACUGGAGACGACGAACGGACGUUCAGCGACGACGAUGGCAGAUCUGGGGAGUCGUUUGACGGAUUCGGACAGCUGUGCAGAGAACAUCGCGAGGAAGACGACGACGACGAUGACACGGCACUGGAUAUGGAGACACAGGUGGUCACAAGCCUUUCGGCAGAACUUGAUGACUAUGAGGUCCAAGCAAUGACGUCUGCCGUCGAUCACCAACACCGGUUCAACGAAGCUCGUGUUGCAGUAAGCCUGACUAAACGAACUCUCCGAUGAAGUUAUCGACGACAUCCUAGGCGACCACCACAUGUCCGCGCAGGUGUCCUCGACGCCUGGUGUCGACUACCCUCUCGACGUC